CCGGCAGCGAGUCAUCGUCAGUUGCGACGGACGCGCCUCAGUGUCGGCAUCGUUGUAUGCCAGUUACUGACUAAAGACCGAAGAACUAAUAAUUAAGACAAGCGAAAAAAAUCGUACGUAAAUCAAUCAGUUCCCCGAGGAUUUUUCGAUCGACUCUAGGAUAAUCAUGAGCUCAGCAACGUUCGCCGGGAACUCAGAUGCGUCCGGAACUCCAGGAUUUUGUCCUGCCCCACCGCCACCACCGCCCCCACCAGGAGUUGGUCAGGUGCCAGCUAUGAGGAUUAACACUGUUGAGACCCCAAUAUCACGUCGCCCACUGCCAAGUGCUAACGAUCCAUACGAGCCACCAGCGGCGAUUCAAAACGCAAUGAUGACCAAAGACAAAAAACCAUUUACGUACACUCCCGGUAUGGGUGGUAAACUCGAUUUAUCACAGAUAAGAAGUCCGAGGAUGGCGCGCAGGGUGGCGAAGAACGCUAAUGACGAGGGCAUCGAGGGCCCACCAAAAUCGCCUCUGGCAGCUGAACAGCCACGUCCAGUCUCCACUGUUGGAAAUCUUUAUGUUCAGCCUCAAGUGGCUGUUCCAGUUUUCCCCACGAAUACACCACCAGGGCCACAAGUCACUCGUCCACACCAGGUCAAUCGGACUAUAUCAAAUGCUGGGGAGAUGAAUCAGGAGCCACCUAGACCAACAGUAAAGAUUGAGCCGAGGACGUCGCAGCCCAGCACCCCAGACACUCCAACUAGUCCCACACAGGUGAACCUCAACAAGGCGCCGACACCGUGGAUGCAGAAGAACGUCAGAGAUAAGCAGCAGGAGGAACUCCCUGAGUGGGUGAGGAGAAGUAAUGGGAAUGGUUCUAGCACUCACUCACCUCCACAGAGUCCCCCUGGAGUCGUUUCAUUCGUUCCGCAGUCUCCAGCUCCUCAGCCGCAGAGAGUUAUGACACAGAUGAGACCUGCGCAGACACAGCCUGCAGAACGGGUUAUUCCUCUUAGUGUUGAAGACAGGCCUUCUGUAUUCUCCAUUAAGAACGAUCCCGGAGCCUCCGGUCAUCAUCAACUGAAACAGACACCGCCUCAUCACCAAUCGCGUUGGUACGCCCCUCAGAAUUCCCAAAAUCAGCCCCCAGCACCGAGACCUGUCUCGUCUCCCCCAGGGCCACAGCCACAAUCAGGUGGAACUUUCAUAGUUCCAAUGACAGUGGAGGGAACCACCAGGAGUCUCCCAGUAAAUUCCCAGUAUCAGCAGCCAGCUCGAGCUGAAUACACUCAGCCUGCACCCAAUCAGAUGCGGGGAAAUUUUCAACAGCGAGCUUCAGCGCCAAUUUCACCUCAAAGUGAAUCCGGACCCGUUCAGUCGCGAUCCUUCCGUGUUCUUCAGAAAAUCACAGACACCGACGAUGACGAUAUGGAUUCUGAGCAGAUGCGCAAACUUCAAUUAACUGAGGACGAUAAAUUAUUGAUGAACAAGUUCAAGGAGCAAGUCGAUGGCGAUACGUAUCUCCAUCAGGAAGAGGACCCCCGGUAUCGUGGGGCUGCCAUUCCCUCGAGGGCUUUUCGUUAUCUCCAGAACAUGACUGAUGACGGGGUGAAUACAAAUGCUGCACCUGCUCGCAAUGUGAACAGUGCCCUCAAGAAACAGAACAGGAACUCACGAACGUUCGAAGAGCCCCAAUUAAAUGUCCCAGCGAGCGAGCAACAGGUACCAGAACCGAAGAAAUACACCGGCAGUGCAAUACCCUCAAGAUCCUUCAGGAUACUCCAGGCAAUGACAACCCCAGAGUCCAUGGAAAUAUCGCAGUCAUUGGAUAACUGGGUUAAUGUGGAAACAGCUGAAGUCAGCAAGACUGAUGACGACGAAACGAGUGAUUGUGAUUGGUCGGGUAAGAUUAAAGCGACUUCGAAGACGCGUGAAGAUGAUUCAUUGAAGGCCAUGGAAGGUCCUGGGGAUCAAAGUGUCAAUAUCAAUGCCGAUCACAAUGUAAACGACGACCAUUCAGACGCUUCAGAGUCUUCCUCAAGCGCUGAAAACUGUCCAUCCGGAGAUGUGACAAGCGAUUCUGAUUCGUCGACAUCACCCGGUGAAUCUGAGUCGUACCUCGCGUAUUCAACAGGAUUCAAUGAUCCAGGAAUUCUUGACAUCAAAAAAUGUGAGGGGAUUGCGAGUGUUGAGGGACACAGUUCAACAGAUUGCGAGACUGCAGAAGAAGAUGAGGGAGAGGAGAGAGAAGGGGAAGAGCUGAAGCCAGAAGUAGCUCAGGAGAAUGAAAAUAGAGAUGAAGAACAGAAAGAUGAUGAAAUACACAAAAAGGAUGGAACUGAUGAGAUAAAUCCGAAAGAAAACCUCAACGAGACUAAGAAUAACUCCAACCAGGAUGAACUCCCUUUGACUGUGAGCGUUCGUUUACCCCUGAGAUUCAGAAUCUCGGUGACCACCAACGAAGAGGAAGAGAAAAGGGCGAGUGCUGAUGGAAAUGCGAUGGAAUCUGCAGCUAAUUUCGAAGAAAAUACUCCGGUCAUUGAGGCAAAUACAACAGUUGACUUUACUUUGAGACGAAAGGGCUCAACGAGACCUAAAUCGUGGUUUCCAGAGAAAUCUAUCGAUGAAUUUUGGGCUAGUGAAACAAUUCUGAAGAAGGAAAGCUUAUCACCGGUUAGUUUUACAGCUCGAAGUGUCAAGGAAGAUGAUCAAGACUUGAAAAAAUCACAGGGAGAUGAAGAAAAACCUGAGGACGAGCGCCAAUCAGUCCCCCAAUUUGAACUGACCGUGGACGAAAGCCAUAAACAUGAGGAGGAAUUGACAGAUGAAGGCAGUAAGAACAAGUAUCUAUUGACAGUGCAGAACUCACGUGACGAGACUGACGAAGAAGAUAGUGGAGUGACAUCAGACCUGAGUAGAAUCAUAUCAGAAGUAGAUACAGACUCUGAGAGCACACCAGCGAGAAAGACUUCUGCCUACAAACGAACUCAAACGCACUCGAGACUGUUCAGACUUAUCAGUGGAGAUUCAGUGCUUGCUGAGGAUGAUGAAGACCUUCCGGAGGAUAAAUCUAUGGAGAAGCAUCACCUGGAGCUUCCCGGGAGAAAGUCCAGUGCUUUUAGCUACGAUCACUCGAACGACUCUAGUGGCCUCACGUCUCCGGACUUCUCUCCCAUAUUCGAGACCUCCUGGAGGAGGUUCCAGGAGUCUGUGAGCAAUGGAGCAGUGGAUUCGGCGGGCAAGGACUCGUAUUUCAGGACUUGGAAGGAAGCGAAGACGCAGAAUCCUCAAAAUUUCGUCGCUUCGACGCCUGGAGUCAUUUUUAAUAUUCCUGCCUGGUCAUAUAAGUCAAAAGUCCUAUGUCCAAGGGUCAGAAGCAUCAAAAAUAUUCCCGAUUGCAUCAGGAAACCCAACAAAUACGACCGCUGCUGAUGGCCAACGACCAAUGAUCGAAAUAAAACUAAAAUACUUUUUUAUGUUUUUUAUACUUUUACAAGUGAUGGAUCAUUUCUUCCAAUGUUAAUCGCUACUUCUCCAUUCAUCCUCCUUCUCCAUAACUUCGAUUAUCUGGGGGCCAGAUGUGCAAUUUGGUGUUGGGAAUCCCGGGGGACACUCAAUGGUGUGACCGCGGACCUGGCGUGACAUUUUUUUUCGUCUAUCGGCCCAGACACCACCGAUUAUUGAAAACACGAGAGAUAACUCCAGGGAAUUAGAAUUUUUAUCAACAAAUUGUUUCAGUUUUUCGCUUUGAUGAUGUUCACAUUAAAAAAAAAUUAAAACAAUUGGAGAAAAAUGACUAUCGGUGUGUAUGCGUGUGUGUGGAUAUUUCUUUUUUUCUUAUCCAUUUGAUUUUCUAUUUUGUUACAAGAUUAAUCCAGAAAAUUUUCAACUCCACGAAAAAUACAUUUUUAACUUAUAUGUAGAUAAUUCAACGAAAGUUACGUUUGAAUAUAAUUAUAUCCUAUUAAACAACAGAACAGAAAAACGUAAAUAACUCAAUGAAAUUAACUUUAAUCACAUUGACACGAUUAAACUUAUUUAAUAAUAUAAAUAAUUGUUGUUAUCUUGAUUUAAGACUACCUGUAAGCCACCGAAUAAAUUAUUUAUGAAGCGUA